AUGCCAAGUAUGCUGGCAGUAAACAAGACUCCUAUUCUGCUGUGGAACGGAAUAGAAAACAGAGGCGGCGACCGUUCGGCCUUCAGCAAGAGCAACAUGCCCGUCCCUCCCAGAGCUGUCCUUCAGCCGAAAAACAUUCUAGAGGCUUUGGAACAGAGAAUGGCCAAGUACAAAGAGGCUUACACUCAGGCUACAGCCACUGGCGAUGAGCGCAAGGCCAGAAUGCACGAGCGUAUAGCCAAGCAAUACCAAAGUGCCAUCCGAGCUCACAAAGCCAAGAAAACCGUGAACCUGCAAGAGUUACCUGUUCCACCUGGCUUUCCUCCAUUCCCUGGGCAGGAGAAUGAGAGAAGUCCACAGGACUUUUCUGGAGUGUUGGAAGCGGCCAACAAGCUAGCUUUGGAAAAGGGUGAUGAUGAUGAGAAGAAAAAAGAGUUACAUCCGUCGGUCAAACAAAAGCCCUGUAAGCCAAUGCUUGCUGUGUGUCCUAUGACACAUGACAGUGCAUCGUCUGCAAAACAAUCUUGCACUACCAACCCUUUCCAAUCAAACACAAAGCACAGCUGGGGGGAAGGACUUUCUUCAGAAGCCCAUCAGCAGGAUGGCCACAGGAAGCUGUCCAUGAAGGUGGGAGUGCAGACCAAGCAGAAGGAUGACCUGGAGCAGGACAAGCAAUGCAUACACACUGUCAGUGGGAGCACCACUGAUGUCAAAAUGGAGGCUCUGUCAUUGGUGCCAUCUCCUCCCACAGAUGAAGAAGAUGAUUUUGUGGUGAUUAAUCACAUUGAUGUCCAAAUCUCUCAGAGGGAUGACCAGGUAUAUUCUCAACUGUCCAUGCUGCUGAAGGAACAAUAUGAGAAAUGUGCAACUUAUUCUAUGCAGUUCUCCCACCUAGGGAACAUCACAGAGACCAUAAAGUUUGAGACAAUGGCAGAGAACUAUAAGAAAAACAUAGAGAGUCUGGAGCAGUUACAGGCACAGGGACGGGACCCCCCGAAACACUGCUUUGAGGAGAGGACCUACAGGAUCACCAGGAUCUUUACAGAACUCAGCAGCACAGAGAUGGUGGUGACCAUUGUGAAAGGAAUGAAUCUACCAGCCCCUCAAGGCCUGUCAGCCCAACAACUCAAUGCCUUUGUCAGAUUUCAGUUCCCAUACCCCAUCUCAGAUCAACCUCAAAGUCAUAAAACCACAGCCAUUGGGAAAACCAGCAGCCCAGAGUACAACCAGAGCUUCACACUGACCAUCAACAGGAACCACAGAGGCCUCCAGAGGGUAAUCCAGAAAGGACUGAAACUGGAGGUGGUGCACAAAGGGGGCUUCCUGAGGAGGGACAAGCCUAUGGGUUGUGCACUCCUGAAGUUGGACAAACUGGAGAGGGAGAGUGAAAUGCGGGAGAUAAUUGAGGUCACUGAGGGACGGAAAACCACGGGGGGGCGUCUGGAGGUCCGGGUACGGUUGCGGGAGCCAUUGAGUGGACAGGACCUGCAGAUCACCACAGAGCGCUGGCUGGUCCUAGAGCAACCCAUGACCCUGGCCCAGGCGGAGGUCCCACGGCUGCGGGCGAGUUUUGGGGGGCCCUGCCAGCACGUGGGUGCUACAGACAGGUCUCCAGUCCGGUACAGCGCCAAGACCGAGACCGCGCCGCCUCCGCUUCUGUCCCACAGUGGAAUUAUGGGAAGGGACGCCGCUGCUGCAUGGAAGCCCAUGAUGAUGGGAGUCUAUUGGCUGCCCAGGCCUGGAAAGUAG